AUGUCCAUGAUUCCUCGAUUCGCUAAUCCUCAUUCACUAGCCGACUCACUAGAACCUACUACUCGGAAAGUCAUCGAACAAGAAAAUACAGCAGUUGCAAAUUCCGAGCAGAGUGGUGAACAGACUGGAGUUCUCGUCGAGUUGGAACGGCUGGUCAAGCGGUCUAUAGGCGAUAUCUACCUCAAUCCGACAGAGGAUCCGUCUAUCGUUUCGCAGAAAAAACGUCGAAAAACUCAGAACAAUGUCUCUGACUCUCAUCCCGAAGAUUCAUUACCGUUCCGUCUUAUUUCGCGAUCGUUACCACCAGGCCUUGUGUUGUUGGAUGUCCCGCCACCGCCUGUCAUCUUGGUCAAUGAACCUCCUUGUGAAGAUGAUGACGAAGAAGCCGAUCGACGUCGGGCACGGGCUGCUGCCACUGCCGUAAACUUUGAUUGGAUAAUUCAGGAGUCUCGCGUUCCAGUGUCUCCCCGCAAUUGUACCCAGAAGAAGGUUACUAAUGUUGCUGGGGAUCUGCCUGUACCUCAUCCAACCUUGAUGGUUGUAGGCCUUGUAAAACCACCCCCAGCGACCUCCAGGCUUGCCCUUUCAUUGCCUGCCGAUUUCGCCUUAUCAUCUCCUCACGAGCUGCCAUCAGAAGGUGUUGGCUGUCCUCUUGUUGAUGUUGCGAUUCAACAGGAAAGUACAACCCCUGCUAAGAGAAGAUGGCGCAGAUCUCGUUCUGCUAGACAAAGACCUCCCGCGACGUUCUGGCGACCCUUGCAGGAAUGGGGCCCAAGGGCUUCAGGGUACGCCAUGGGGUACGAGGGAAGCUGGGCAGUUUCGCAUGACGACCCACAACGGUACAAAUAUCAACGGGACACCAUGCGAAAAGGUGCAGUAUCAUCAUGGGACAACAGUUAUUUGACGGACGCAUACCGUGCAAAGUGA